UUGUUCCAUUGAUUUCAUAAGACGAUCUGAUGAAUUUUGGUUUGCAGUAUUACUUCUUAGUAUUCAUUAUUUUAGGAAGGUAACUCUAAAAAAUGACUCGAUUUAGUGUGAUUUAUCGUUGUUUUCUGGACGUUUUGCUGCUCAUAUGCUGCAAUACUGCAUAUGUCGUCGGCUUUGAAGGGUAUUGUCCAAAACAGCCAGAAAAAUAUGGAGAGACUAAAACAAUCUCCAACAUCGAAUAUUUCUACAAUGUUUCAAGAACAAGUGAAGACAAAAUCGAAGUUUCUCUGGUAAUAACGUGGGAUGUUAUCGGCAAUCAUGGUUCAGAAGCCGAUGGAAUACUAUUUAAUACGGACAGUGCUCUAAGUAGUGAAAAAGCAGAAAUUGACCCAAGAAAUACGCAAGCUUUGACAAAGGAAGAAGAACAAAUUUGCAAAGACUUACUAUUUUAUAACAGGACAAAACUCACAAAAGACAAGUUAAACAUUCUCUGUAGACAUAAUGGAAACCGUUACGAGUGUCUAAAUUGCAAAGAAAAUAUUCUUUGUAAAGCAAUAGAUAAUUAUGCAUAUUUAGACAAGGAGACUCGUCGCCUGCAAUGGAACAAUGUGCAAUUCGGCCAGGAGCACGAUAUCGUCCUCAGAACUUAUGUAAAUUACACUAUGAGUGAAAAAACUCGAAUGGAUUUCUACGGAUUUUGCAUGCAUGAGCUUGUUGAAAGACAAAAUAUGAACGAGUUGGAAGCUUCAAAACUGUGCAAACAUUUGGAAUUUGAUUCUGGAGGCGAUUACUGUUCUGGACCAGUAUCAAGUCUUGUUAUGAAACCGAAAUACGAUCUCGCAAACAAUUCAGCUUUGGUAGAAAUAUCUUGGAAUCUUCCACUCGAUAUUGCAAAAAAAUCAAAAGUAACUUCUUUCAGAAUAGAAUUGGACGGUCAAGAAGGAAUUGAAAAGUUUUGCGUUACGGAAACUUUACGCAAUCAAAAACAAUUCACAUGGAAAACAGAUCUAGAAAUUAAUGCAGAGUAUUAUGUAGAAAUCACCCCACUGUGUGGAAAAAAGGAAGGUUAUUCUAUAUUCGAUAAAAUCGUGUUAAAAGAUAUUGACGCAUGCAGUCCGCCGGAUAUUCCAUCAUACUGUGAUGUGAAUGCAAGAUGUAAAGAUUUCGAAUCCACAAGUAAAGUAGCAGCGAGAUGCCAAUGUGAUCAAAUUUACGCUGGAAAUGGGGUGAAUACAUAUUGGAAUGGCUCUGGUUGUCGACUUGAUUGUGGAAAAAUCAAAAAUCAUUUAUGUAGUAAAACUGCUGUAUGCUCGAAUUCAACAUUAGAAUGCACAUGUCCAAGGUUGUCAUUUGGCGAUGGAUUACUAAAAGGAUCUGGAUGUACCGGGAUCGAAAUUAUCAUUCUUCCAACAAUUGCAUUUCUAAUAAUUGUUAUCGUGAUAUGCUUCGGAGCCAGGCACUGGAAACAACGCAACGAAAUGAGAAAAAGGUCUUCAAUAUUUGUCGUAGCAUACGAGAAUGUCGAGGGAGCGAAACUUGGUACCGUAAAAAAUAUCUCAACUGUUUUCGAAAAAUGGGAAGUGGAUCGUAAAGAUUUAUUUCUGGGAGACGUUUUAGGAAGAGGGAAAUUUGUUGUAAAUAAAGGAAUUCUAAUAACUAGCAGAGAUGGCGUCAUGAAACAGAUCGAUGUUGCAGUGAAAACGCCUUCGGACGGAAGACCAGAUGAUGAGUUUCUCAGUGAAAUGCAUCUUCUUAUGUCUACGGAGAAGCAUAAAAACAUUGUCAGUGUAAUUGCGUGUUGCACUGCGGAUUCUCCUAUUUUGCUGAUAACUGAGUACUUAAUGUACGGUGAUUUGCGCAACUUCCUUUUGGAAGCAAGAGAGGAUAAAAACUGGAAACGGGAUGACACAUAUCUAUUGACCGAUUCGGAUAUUUGUAGAAUUUGUAAACAAAUUGCUGAUGGAAUGCAACAUCUAGCUCAUAAUAGAAUAAUACAUGGAGACCUAGCUGCAAGAAACGUACUUGUUGGAAAGGAUCUUGUCUGCAAAAUAUCAGACUUUGGUUUGGCGAACGAUGUUUAUAGAUACGGAGAAAUAAGAAACGCGAUGGAAAGAAAUGUUCCUUUCAAAUGGACGAGUCCGGAAAGAAUGGAACGUGGAAAAGUACCUAUUACUUGGCGAAGCGACGUAUGGUCUUUCGGAAUCGUCAUGUAUGAAGCAAUCACUCUCGGUUCUUCUCCAUUUCCGAAUAUUACUUCGACAGAUGAUUUGUAUUUGAGGCUUAAAACAGGAUACAGGAUGGGUCGCCCUAUGAGCUGCAGUAAAGAGUUUUACGAAAUUAUGAAAAGUUGUUGGCAAUGGAUUCCUUCAAAUCGUCCUUCGUUCAAAACACUUUCGGAUAUGCUGAAAAGAAAUCAGAAUAUUCCUGGAACAUACGUCAAUAUUCAAUGUGAAUAAAAAUAUGUGAAAUAAAGAUCUGGUGGAACUUAGUAAAUAAGGAUCUACUCGGACAAAAAAUUCAAAUAUAACAAGCAAAAAUAUUGAUUUUUUGUCACUGUAUUUUUGAGUGUGGUAUAUAUAUGCAGUGAUGAGCAGAAAAAAUCGUAACAACCAUAACGUAACUAAUUCGUGAAAAUAUAUUAUAUUUACAGUCCACGGACGCUUUCCCCGAGUUGUGUUUUUCCUUAAAAAAUGACAUAUUUUCAUAAAGUUCAUCGCCAUGUAACAUUUGAAACUUAUCCAGCAGACCAGACACUUAUUUUAAUCAGACAGAUUUUCAGGCGCGAUUGUGAAUAUUGUCUUGUUUAUUUA